AUGUCGGAAUUCUUCAUGCCCAACGCCAAUGUUGGCAACCGAGACAGUGUAGAAGAUUGGCGUAUUCGGGGUAUGACACCCCUGACACCGCCGGAUUUGCUACAACACGAAAUACGGCAGACGGAAAAAUCAAAGGACACCGUGAUCAAAGCGCGCAAUGAGGCCGUCGAUAUCGUUCACGGCACGGACAAGAACCGAAGACUAUUAGUCGUAAUUGGUCCAUGCAGUAUACACGAUCCUGCCAUGGCAUUGGAGUACUGCGAUCGCCUGCUCGAGUUGAAGCAAAAGUACGAGAACGAGCUGCUCAUUGUUAUGCGAUCCUACCUGGAGAAGCCUAGAACGACCGUCGGCUGGAAAGGCUUGGUGAACGACCCGGAUAUUGACAACACCUUCAACAUUAAUAAGGGCCUGCGAACUGCGCGACAGAUGUUCCUCGAUCUGACGGAGAAAGGCAUGCCUCUAGCGUCCGAGAUGCUUGACACCAUCAGUCCACAAUUCACAGCCGACUUGCUUUCUGUCGGCGCAGUCGGUGCACGGACAACAGAGUCGCAAGUACAUCGUGAGCUCGCAUCAGGCCUCUCCUUCCCGGUCGGCUUUAAGAACGGAACAGAUGGAACGCUGGACGUAGCUAUUGACGCGAUCGGCGCAGUCAAGCACCCUCAUCAUUUCCUAUCUGUCACGAAACCCGGCAACGUCGCAAUUGUCGGCACAGUGGGAAAUGAUGAUUGCUUCGUCAUCCUCCGUGGUGGCAAGAAGGGCACCAACUACGACUCCAAAUCCAUCAACGACGCUAAGGCCGCGUUGGAAGCGAAAGGUCUUCGGCCGCGUGUCAUGGUCGAUUGCUCGCAUGGCAACUCGGAAAAGAACCACAAGAAUCAGCCCAAGGUAGCGCACUCUGUUGCUGAACAAAUGCAUGCAGGCGAAGAUGCAAUCAUGGGCGUCAUGAUCGAGUCGAACAUUAACGAAGGCAGCCAGAAGGUGCCGAAGGAGGGCAAGGCGGGCCUCAAGUACGGUGUCUCGAUUACUGAUGCUUGCAUUGGGUGGGAUGAAACGGAGAAAGUAAUCGUUGAGCUCGCUGAGGCCUCCAAGGCGCGGAGAGAGAAGCUCGGUCCGCUCAAGGAGGUCAAUGGCGUUUCGAAUGGUGUCAAUGGCCAUGCAUGA